AUGAGAAAUGCUAAGAAAAUCGGUGCUGAUGUCGUCGAUUGUCUGACAAACUUCAAUCCUCACCAAGGUCUUGAAAUCCUUAUUUUAUUGUCUCCUUGCUCACUUUGGUCACUUGCAGGUAAAGACCAAGUCGAACAAUACUUGCUUCUUUCGUUAUGGCAUUUAUUUGGAUUCUGCUCCACAAAUGUCAAAUCUUUUUCUCAGUUAAUAAGCGUCUUUGUGAAAUCUGUACUUUCCAGACCAAUUUGGGAAGGUAGUCAGUAUGAGGGUGAUGAAACCAAGCGGCGGGAAGCACUUCGUUUGGCAAUGCAAUUGAGAGCUAACUAUAUUGAUGUUGAGCUUGAGAUUGUUCAUGAAUUCAACGAUUCCAUGGAUGGAAAGAAACCUGAUAAAUUCAAAGUCAUUGUUUCAUCUCACAAUUUUCACAAUACUCCAACUCCUGAGACCAUUGCCGAUCUUGUUGCAAGAAUACAAGCCACUGGAGCUGACAUGGUGAAGAUUUCUACAGCUGCAUUAGACAUAAAAGAUUACGGAAAACAUUUUUCGGGUUAUGGUACAUUUUCAAGCCCCAAUUAUAGGAGUUGUAUGGGGUGAAAGGGGCUUGAUUUCAUGGUUACUUAGCCGCAAGUUCGGCAGCUACCUCACUCAUGGAGCACUUGAGGCCGGUGCUAUAUCAGCUCCUGGACAAUCUACUGCGGAGGAUCUGGGGCGGUGCUUCUUGUAGACCUUACCUAGAACUCUGCGACGUGAGUCACGUGGUCGGGGAUGUAGAGCCCAGGCCCAUCAUUCACGUGCUUGGGGAUGUUGACCCAGGCCCAUCAUUUUGCAGCAUGCUUUGAGACAUUAUUAUUAUACCAUAUACUAAUAGUGAAUGCAAGCAGUCUUAGUUCAGGGGUGGUAAGGUCUUUUUAAUGGGACUUUUUACAUUAAAUUA